AAGAACUUUUUAAGUAUUUAAUAAUAAAUAGCGCUUUGUUAAAUUUUCACUUGUGCACUCCUUACCAACCAAUUGUUUAUAGUUUCGUCACGUGAUCGCUCUUCGCAACCCGACACUUCUUUAUUAACAGAUUACAAACCGGAGAGGAUCCAUAAUUAAAUGUUAAUACCAAAGUAAAUUAAAUCGAAUAACCUUUUUCAAUUACUGGAAUAACCUUUAAAUUAAGUAAACGUGUAAAAUUAAGUAAGCAUUUAAACGGAAAAGGAAGUGAAGUAAAUAAGCUAUACACAAGCGCCAUCUAUAAUCAGCGGGAAGUAUUGUAUCUAGUUCCCUCCAUUCGGAUUGUCAAAGCGAAAUUGUUUAGGACAAUCGUUAAUAUCGUUCUAGGCAGCCGAGUGAACGCAUUUAUAAAUAAUUUAUAAUGUCUGAUCCAAUUAAUAUUCCAACUGGAAACACUGAUAAGUUAAAUGUACCAUCAUCUCCCACAAAAUCACCUCACGGUUCCUGCCCUGCAAAAUUUCAAAUUCCAAGUCCUGUCAUUACAAGACGCACUCGGACAUAUUCUGCUUCUGAAAGAGCUGCUGCAAAUCCAGUGGAAUAUGGUAAAGUAAAAUAUUUUUGUCGGCAACGUGGACAUGGCUUUAUAACACCUAGCACUGGUGCUGAAGAUAUAUUCUUUCAUAUCUCAGACAUUGAAGGUGAAUAUGCACCAUGUCCAGGAGAUGAUGUAUCAUAUAAACUCUGCUUAAUUCCACCCAAGAAUGAAAAAAUGCAAGCAGUUCAUGUUGUUAUUACUAAUUUAGGACCAGGCACUCAUGAGCGUUGGGAUUGCCCUCCUUCUCCUAUUGCUGAUUUUACUUCAACUCAUAAUUAAGGAAAUUAUUAAAAUUGCCAUUAAAAAAUCUUGCUGUUGAAACUUUCUAGUAGUGAAUUAUAAUAAUAAUAAUAAUAAGAAUAAUAAUAAUGAUAGAGCUAUAUUUUACUUUUUGAAUUUAGAUAAAAUAUUUACUAAAUAUUUGAUGUUUUUGUAGAAUGAUCUAACAGAUGCAUUUAUAAUGAAAAGUUAUCUCUGAAAAAUAUGAAAAAAUUUACUAGCUAAUGAAAAUAGUAAUUUUAAAAAAUAUAGAAAAUUUAUGAAGAAAAAAUAUAGCAGUUGAAAUUUCAAAUUCUAUUUUAAAUUAAAACUGUCAUAUUCAGAAAUAUUUGAAAUAUAAUAAGAAAAGAAACUGGAACAUCUUCAUAAAGAAACUUGUUUUUUAAAAUGUUUUGUACUUUUAGGAACAUACUUUUUAAUCUAUGUUUAUAAUCCAUUGAAAGCAUUAUUUUAAGAGAUUUUUCUACUGUCUAUAAUGAAAUUUUUAGAAAAUUUUUUUAUACUCUUUUUUAAAAAUUUAAACUUUUUGUCCAUAAAUUUAUAUUUAUCCAAUUUGAUAAUAAUCUCCAUACUGAAAUUGCAAAUAUUUCUGACACACUAUUUCUUAUGUAGAAACUAACAGUCAAAUUCAUAUCAGCACCAAUAUUUUAAUUUAUACUGUUUUUGAUUUUGUAUCAAUUUUUCAAAAAUGUGUGCUGACCAUUCAUUUAUACUUUCAUAUGUCAAAAUAUAUCCUAAAGUUCGAAUGUUGCAUUUAGACAAGAGUUAUCAACUUUUCAGAUUUUCAACUAUCGAAAUAUUUUUGAAAGUAAAUAAAUAAAUUUUUUUUAUUAAGAUAUACUUUUUUAUAACUGA